GAAAUUUGAAACUUUGAAUUUGUUUUCUCAGCUUUAUCAGUUCUCUGGGAGUAAGCUAUAUGAUGUUGUGCACUGAAAAUUAUCCAAGUGUCCUGGCUUUCUGCUUCCUGGAUGAGCUUCAGAAAGAGUUCAUCACUACCUACAAUAUGAUGAAGACAAAUACUGCUGUCAGACCUUACUGCUUCAUAGAGUUUGAUAAUUUCAUUCAGAGGACCAAACAGAGGUAUAACAACACACGUUCUCUGUCAACAAAGAUGAACCUUGCGGACAUGCAGACAGAAAUCAAACUGAGGCCACCUUAUCAAAUUUCUGUGUCAGAGCUUGGUUCAGCUAACGGGUUCCCACAUUUAGCUGUGGCAGAAUACACGGGUACUGGUAAGAUAUCUGCAGCUCCUCAUCAGCGCCUGGAACCUGUGACUCUGCCAGGGAUUGUCUCGUUCGUGCUUAGUCUGUUAUGUGGGGCUCUGAAUUUAAUUCGUGGCUUUCACGCCAUCGAAAGCCUUCUCCAGAACGAAGGUGAAGACUUCAGCUAUGUUAUUGCAUUUUUUCUCGGAACGGCAGCCUGUUUGUACCAGUGUUACCUGUUUGUAUACUACACGGGCUGGAGGAAUGCCAAAUCCUUCCUGACUUUUGGGUUAAUUUGCCUGUGUAACAUGUACCUGUACGAACUGCGCAACCUGUGGCAGCUUUUCUUCCACGUGACUGUGGGUGCAUUUUCUACCUUACAAAUCCGACUGCGACAACCGCAGGGCAAGUCCCCGGAUUACAACGUCUGACGAGUCCCGGAACGUUUCGAGGCAGUCUUGUUCCAACAGUUACUCUCUCUCAGGAAUGUAAAGCUGUUCUCCAAAAGAAGGAGCUGGCUGGAUGGGCUUUUUUUGUU